AUGACAGCCGCCGCGGCUGGGGCAGCAGAAACGGCGAUUUCGUGCGUUUGCACGAUGGGCACCCCGGAGUGCGACGACGAGCUCUACCUCUUCCUGCGCUGCCUGCGGGUGUACCACCCGGGCCUUCCUGUCGUUGUGGGGUGCACCGCCACCAUGCUUAAGGCAGGCAAAGCGCCGCGCAGCAAGGCCUACGCCGGAUUUUGUGACGAUAGGUGCAUUGAGUGGGUGCCGUGCCUGGACCCCUACGUGCCAAUCAACCGCAGCGAAAUGGAGCAGCGGCGCGGUGUGUGGUACCCUUCGCGCCACGCCGACUUUAUGAUGGAGAAGGCGAAUCUUAUGGAACACGCCAUGGCGCGCCGGCCCGCGCACGGCGGGGACUGCACUGAGGCGGUCCUGUUUCUUGACUGUGAUGUUGUGUUGUUGGGUGAGCUUCCGCGGCUUCCGCAAGGCACGGAAGUCGCGCUCUCCUCGCACCGAAUUUCCUGCCAGGAUGAGGCCCUGUUUGGGCGUUACAACGGCGGGUUUGUCGCGGCCGCCUCCCCGUUGGUUCUGCACGAGUGGCGACGCGCGACGCGGCACUCGCGGUAUUUUGAUCAGGCCUCUUUGGAAAGCGUCGCGCAGAGAUUUGCCUCCAAAUUGUACGAGAUUCCCCCGCAGCACAACUAUGGGUACUGGCGUUUCUUUCAACCCUGCCGGGGGGAUCCGCUGAUGGAAGCGCGCCGGUUUUCUCUGCGACGCGCCGGCGCACGCGGCGAGUUGGCGCUCUGCUACGAGGGCGAGCCGCUGCGGUCGAUCCACACCCACUUUCUCCGCGCUAUGGACCCGAGUGCGCGCGACGUUUCUGCGUUCAACGGCCUUAUGAAAAAGUGGAUCCUACGAUGCAUCCGCGGCACGUUACACCCCGGCACGGUCGCACCGCGCACCGGCGCCGCGGCGGUAAUGGUGGCAGGAAACGCUCGCUACCAACAGUGUUUUGAUCUCUCACUUCUCACAGAAACACGUUAA